UUGCAAUUAAAUGCAUCUUAGAUCUCUCUCUGUGUGAAAUUUAAAUCCUAAUUUGGCUCCGUUAAAUCAAAAGAAGCAUUGCAAUUGUAGGAAUUAUAAAUUUGUUCAUCAAUGACGGAGGAUAAUUGCCCUAGAGAACCCAUAGACUCCAACUCUUCAUCAACCAAGCAAAGGAAAAGGAGAAAAUGGGAUCAGCCAGCGGAUACAUUUGUUCCAGAAGGAGUAGCGGUACCUGGAAUUUUUCCAAUGGCAAACAUGGGUUCUCUUGCUGGUAUCCCACUACCUGGUGUAGCUCCAGUCAUAGGUGCUGCUUUCACGAAUCCUCUUACCGCUGUUGGUGCUACUACAAUGCAGCAGCUUCCCGUCAUUGUUGCACAGAAAUUAAUUCAGCCGAAAAUUCAGGAUGAGCUGAUAGCGAGAGAAAUUGUCAUUAAUGAUGCUGAUCCGGCUGUUCGCUACAGGCUCACAAAGCGCCAAACACAAGAAGAGAUUCAGAAGAGUACGGGUGCUGUGGUUAUAACUAGGGGUAAAUACAAGCCUCCAAACACACCAUCUGAUGGUGAAAAGCCCCUCUACCUUCAUAUUUCUGCUGGGGCACAUCUAGAAACAACAGUUGAGAGGAUCAAAGCAGUUGAUCGUGCUGCUGCUGCAGUGGAGGAAAUGCUGAAGCAAGGUCUUGUUAACAAUGGAUUAAAGGUCAAUCAUCUGCUGAGUACCUGUGUGUACCUGGGCUUUGAGGCUGAUCCGUCAGCAAAUAUUACAGUGCGCAUUCGUGGACCAAAUGAUCAGUAUAUAAAUCACAUUAUGAAUGAAACUGGAGCAACUGUAUUGCUAAGAGGACGUGGUUCGGGAUAUUCAGAUGGAGGGCAGGGUGAAGAUGUGCACCAACCUCUGCAUUUACUCAUUUCAAGCAAUAACACUGCAAGUCUUGAGCGUGCGAAGCUUUUGGCAGAAAAUCUUUUGGAUACUAUUUGUGCAGAGUGUGGUGCUUCUAGAGUCUCUUCUUGUAAGGUUUAUGGUGCUGUUCCGCCGCCACCGCAACCGUUAGCUAGCGUUCAGGGUUCUGGAAGUGAAUCAGAAGUCAAUAACAUACCUGCAACCAAUGUAGCUGCAGCAGCAGCAGUUCCCGUGACUGCAGUUGGUGGUGUGACUAGUGUUGUUUCUCAGGGUACAGUGCCUCAAUCUCUAGGCUCAUUGCAUUCUGUGCCAUCUCAACCUCCCACCGGGGUCUAUCCUCAUCAAUUAGUUACAAGUAGAACAAGCUAUAUUGGUUAUGAUGGUAUAUAUCCCCAAGCCACUGCUCUGCAGCAAGUUGCUUUGGCUCUUAGGCAGUCUACUUCUCCAGUCACUGCCACAGUUGCUCCGACAACAACAGGAGCAAGCUUCACUUCACAGACAAGUAUAGGUUAUGAGAAGGACAAGCGCCCUGCACAGAAGCGUAAAUUUCAGGAAUUGCCGGCUGCUGGAAAAGCUCAAGCAGCUGUAAAUCAGGUAAUUUCUCUGACCUUGUAUGAAGCUAACAGGCUGAUAGUGGAACUCUGUUGGACCUUUGUAUGUUUCACAGGAUUCCGGGAUAUGGAGGAGGCAUGGGGUUGCUGCGUUCUAUUUCAGUUUUAUGGUGCUGAUGCAAAGAUACCAUGCCCCUUCUGGUUUUGGCAUUCUGUCAAAUGUUAAUAUGCUAAUAUGAAAUGCACAUUAUUAACCAACUUUGCUUCAAGUACUAAAAGGGUAAUAAGAUCGAGCUCAUAAAUUUUGCCUGUGGGGCUUUCAAACAAUCUCAACUUUAAUGCAAAGAGAAAAUGUUUUCUAUUGGUAUCUGUAAAUAUUUACAUUUUCCAAACGUAAUGAUCUAAGCUCCUUGUAGCAAGUGAUAGAAGAAAAGUCAACUUGCAUAUCUUAAACUUCAAAUCCAAGUUGUUCAAGUUGAAAUAAAUAAUUCUUAGGAUCAUGCAUUUAUUUUAAACUUCCUUGCCUCCUAAUAUACAAGUAAAAGAAUGUUCAAGUAUGUUCUUGAAAAGCUCAUACUUUUACCUCCUUUUUUCCUGGAAUUUCUAAGUUUUCUGGAUGGGACUUUCCCUCCCUCUUUGGUUGCCAGAAUUCAUUGCAGGGUCCGGAGCUCCCAAUGCUUCAGGAACGAAUGUCAGACGCAGGUGAUAGAGGUAAAAUUGGUACUCCGGCUCCGAAAAAGUUGGUUAAGCCAUUAUCCAGUUCAAUGCUGCCGCCGCCGCCACCUAGAAUGAUGCCUCCGCCACCACCGCCACCUAAGUUUCAAUCAUCAUCGCAGAAAGUGCAGGACAACAA